UUAGUAUUUACUAUCCAAGUGGUCGCAAAAGUAGGUUCAUCACCGAUGAAAAGGAGAAGAAGGUCUGCAAAAUUGUUUUUAGGGGAAAAGACAUAGGCAGUGGAUUGAGGGACUUUUUAAAGACAAGUCAUCCAGAAGAACUAAUUGAGGGUUCUGUAGCAAUUUUAGGUGAUGAAUGCAAAACCUUGUGCAAGAGAAAUUCUGGAAGUGUGCUUCAAGACAAAUCAAUUCAAAAUGUUAUGGAAUUCACUUGGGACAAACUGUACACAGAACUACAAAUACGUGCCCCUAAUAUCCUGAAGAUAGUAUCAGCAAUGGUCAAUGACAUUCCAAUCCAAGUGAAUAACAAACCAUUUCAACUUGUAAUGUACACUUUGUCCCAGAUUCUGCAUGCCAGAUCUCAAGAAAUGUCUUUAGUACAGUACUUGUCAGGACUAGUGUUAAUGCAUGGAGGAUGCACCCUUAAGGAUAUCGAGAGGAUUGCCAAAUUUGGUGCUUCAGUUCACCCAGAAACAUUGCGAAGAAAGCUGAAUUCAUGGGACGAAUACUUGGACGAAGAACUACUUAAGUACAAAACAGAAUGGAGUCGAGGAGGAAACAAGAAAUAUCAGCUAAUUGGAGACAAUUGGGAUAGAAAUAUUAUUCCAUCUUAUCGUACCUCUCAAGACAAGACAUUGUCUUUGCACCUGUUUCAGGUUAUUGGAGUCGUUGAUAGGGUGGAUUCUCUUAAUUGUGCUUUUGAUCCACAGCUCCUAGAUAUUUUAGAAUUAACUCCUGUGGAUUUUAUUCCCUCAGUAGCUGAUCAGGACAUUCUUCUGCAUGAGUUGACCUUUUUAGUGGCCAAUGCAGUGAUUGCAAAUAUUGAGCAGCUGAACGGAGCAUUUGGAUAUAUAUAUCCAAAACACUUGAAGCACAAGUAUAGUGAAUUCUCAGGAAUGAAAACGGAACAAUAUUCUUUGGGACUUUUUGAUUGUAAUGAAAUGGUUACCCAAGAUGUGAUCAGGCUACUAAAGGACCUAUCAAAGAAGUAUGUGCCCAUUGAUGAUGCUGGGGAAAUAGUUGAGGAAGUGUUUUUUGGAGGAGACAGAUUGACUGAUGAGAGAAUACAGAGUGCCCAAGAAGCUAUGACCAAUAAUGAAAAUCCAUUGGAUAAGUUUGAAGGAUUCAUUUCCAAAAUUGAAGAUUUUCAUCGGCUCAUGAACUUCCUCGAGGCAAUUGUGUUGCAAACAUACAGCACCCAGUCAGCAAAUGACAGAGGAACAGUGUAUUAUUAUAAGAACAUAUUAAAUGCACGCAAUGUGAAGGGGAAAGUAAAGAACUCUUACAGAGGAUAUAAAAUGCUAUCCCGUACUAUAUUUGAUGCUAUGUGUUGUGCAUUUUUCUUGAAAGAGUUUGGACUUCUUAACUUAACAGAGAGCAUACCACUGCCUGAUGAAUUCUCCAAAUGGACAGGAGAGGAAAAAAUACAGUGGAUGAAUAACAUAUGUGAACGAAUUGUGAACAAGUGGUUUUUUGGAGACAGUGACUUGUUUGAAGAGUUGCGACAAGUAUUGUCUGAUCCAGAUCAUGAAGAAAAUUAUUGGUUCGGGAACUUUAAAGAUGGUCGCUUUUCCUGCCACUACUGUGAAAAAACUUACUGUCAUAUCAAAAGUGCAGAAUUUCAUGAAAAAGAAGUCCAUGGCCAUUCCAAACCAGCAUUACGAAAAAGUAAACAAGCAAACCUAUUGCAAGAUGAACUUUUUGAUUAUUUGAUAGCCCUUUUCCGUCUGUCAGCAUUACAUCGAAAUCUUGAUACGGCAGUGGAUAUGGCUGAUGGCUAUAGAUCUAUUCGCUCAGCUAAGUACGAGACCCCGCUGUACAACAAGACCCACAAAACAAAAUAUCUUAUCGGCAGCAUCCAUUUAACAGGCCUCGUAUCAGGAACCUUGCCGCCUCCUCAAACAGAGAGACUUAUUGCAAAUCGCUGUAUAAAUUUGUCAGGUGGGAAGAACUCGAACAUGGCACUAGAUGAGUAUGUAGAACUAGUCAACAGAGAUACAAAAAACACUUGUUCUGGAUUCCAAACAAAGGAGAGUAUAAUUGCGCACUCGAAACAAUUUCCUCUUUUAAUCAAAGCUGUGAAAAAUUUGGACAUGAUUAAUGAUGUACAUAGAAGAAAAGGAUUCCACAACAUACCUUCAUAUAAAUCUGAUGUUCGGAAGAUUGUACAAGACCUUUUUGACAUCGAUGGUUUUUCCCAACAUAAAGGACGCAAGCUCAAGUGCAGAGAACUAGUCCAGAAAAGCAAUCCAUUUGCAGACAGUUAUAAACAGUUGGUGAACAUGAUAUACAGACAUAAACCUUUACUUCCAUUCCGUCGAUUAAGGAAUAAACAACUAUAAUGAUGUGAUUGUUUAUCUACCUGGUACAUGAGACAUAAAAUCAAAUUAAAUAUUAUGGAGGAUUAUCGCCAAGACUUGUCCAAUGUACAUGCACACAUAUACAAUGUACAGUAAUUAAAUUUUCAAAUGGAAUAAACAUGGAUUUAAUCAA